ACCAUUCAUAGGCUUCAUAAAUCAGCAUCUCUGAAUCCUUGAUCUAACCUAGUCCCCUUAAUUCACAGAUAAGAAAACAAACCCAGAGAGAGGAAGUGACUUGUCCAAGUUCACAGAGUUUAGGAGAAUGGAUUAAAACUCAAGUUUUCUGAUUUCCAGUCAAGUAGCCCUUAAAAUGGGUUAUUUCUCACAGGCUACUCAAACUGCAUUGCUUAACUGUAUUCAGUGGCCCCAAAAUACUUUCAAUUAAGAGAUUUCUAGCAAAGGAAACCUUUUCACAUUGGUGGGGUUGAAUGGGACAUGGCUAAUUGGCAAAAUUCUGCAUAUUAGUGGGACUUUUUGAGUGUUUUGUUUUAAUAUGCCCCUUACUCUCCUUGCAAACUAGCCAGACCAUUGUGAUUUCAGAAUGUAAAUCCUGGGCUUAUUAAAUUUUGGCAAGUAGAACAAAAAUCCCUUAAAUUCAUCUUUUGCUUUUCUUCCCACUUGUUCAAGUAUUUCUAUAUUCGUUGUGCCUGCAAGCAUCCGAUGUAGGAAGGAUUGAUGGAGAAGAUAUUAUUUCAUUUUUUAUGGUGAGAAAUAAACCCAGGAAGGGUAAGGAUUACACCACAAGUACAUGGUAGAGCCAAGAGCUGAGCCCUGGUUUCUUGACCCCCAGCUUCUGCAUGUUUUCUGCCAGAUGAUUCUGUGGUCCCCACACCUUGGUUCCUAACUACAGAUGCAAAAAGAAUAGAUGUGUAGAUGGAUAGUUAGAUAGAUGGAUACAUGGGCAUACCUCAGACCAAAUAAAUCAGAACCUCUGAAAAUAAGGCCAGGUUUCGGAACCACUGCUGCACCCUGUGUUGGCAGAAGCGAACCUAAAUCCAGGACAGUCCCUUGGUAAUGUCCAGGGCUCCAGGAAGAGAUGUCUUUGUGGCUGGAGGCCCCUGUGCCUGAUGUUUCUCCUGACUGUGCAGUGGAGCUGUGGGAGCCAGAUGCACAAGAUGCAAGCAGCCAGCCUCUGGGAAGCAGCAACUGUAUCCUCAGGGAGGAAUCUAGCACACCCCAAUCUGCUGGGGGCACUUCGAGGGUGGGGCUGGAGGCAACAGAGCCCACAGCCCUGCUCCCCGGGGUGGAGGCCCCUCCAGAGUCCACAGAGCUUCGUCCACAAAAGCGGAAGAAGGGGCCAGCCCCCAAAAUGCUGGGGAAUGAGCUGUGCAGUGUGUGUGGGGACAAGGCUUCCGGCUUCCACUACAACGUGCUGAGCUGCGAGGGCUGCAAGGGAUUCUUCCGCCGCAGUGUCAUCAAAGGGGCGCGCUACGUCUGCCACAGUGGGGGCCACUGCCCCAUGGACACCUACAUGCGUCGCAAGUGCCAGGAGUGCCGCCUUCGCAAAUGCCGCCAGGCCGGCAUGCGGGAGGAGUGUGUUCUGUCAGAAGAACAGAUCCGUCUGAAGAAACUGAAGCGGCAAGAGGAGGAACAGGCUCAGGCCACAUCCGUGCCCCCGAGGGCUUCCUCUCCGCCCCAAGUCCUGCCGCAGCUCAGCCCGGAGCAGCUGGGCAUGAUUGAGAAGCUGGUGGCUGCCCAGCAGCAGUGUAACAGACGUUCCUUCUCGGACCGGCUUCGAGUCACGCCCUGGCCCAUGGCACCAGAUCCGCAGAGUCGGGAGGCCCGUCAGCAACGCUUUGCCCACUUCACGGAGCUGGCCAUUGUCUCUGUGCAGGAGAUCGUUGAUUUUGCCAAACAGCUGCCGGGCUUCCUGCAGCUCAGCCGGGAGGACCAGAUUGCCCUCCUGAAGACCUCUGCAAUUGAGGUGAUGCUUCUGGAGACAUCUCGGAGGUACAACCCUGGAAGUGAGAGUAUCACCUUCCUCAAGGAUUUCAGUUAUAACCGGGAUGACUUUGCCAAAGCAGGGCUGCAGGUGGAGUUCAUCAACCCCAUCUUUGAGUUCUCCAGAGCCAUGAAUGAGCUGCAACUAAAUGAUGCUGAGUUUGCCUUGCUCAUUGCCAUCAGCAUCUUCUCUGCAGACCGGCCCAACGUGCAGGACCAGCUCCAGGUAGAGAGGCUGCAACACACAUAUGUGGAGGCCCUGCAUGCCUACGUCUCCAUCCACCACCCCCAUGACCGGCUGAUGUUCCCACGGAUGCUAAUGAAACUGGUGAACCUCCGGACACUGAGCAGCGUCCAUUCAGAGCAAGUGUUUGCACUGCGCCUGCAGGAUAAAAAGCUUCCCCCGCUGCUCUCUGAGAUCUGGGAUGUGCACGAGUGACUGAUCUUCCCCUGUAUCUUCUGUUUUCUGAGCUGGAUGGCUGAGGCUGGUGGCUGCCUCCUAGAGGUGGAACCGACUGAGAAGGACAGACAUUCCUGAGGGCUGGGCAAAGGAGAUCCUCAAGUGGCAUUAAAGGAGAGUCAAAGGGUUGGGAGUUUUGUGGCUGCUGGGUAGUA